AUGACUGUGGCUUACAGGCAUGUACAGGGCGCUGAACGGGGGCAGGCUGUGGGGGGCGUCGGCGAAAUAGAGGUGCCCGCAUUCCGUGCCUGUGCAGCCACUGGCCAGAAACUGGAUGAUGGGCAUUUAAACAACUCCUUGGGCUCUCCAGUUCAAGCCGACGUGUACUUCCCGCGACUGGUCGUUCCAUUUUGUGGGCACAUUAAAGGUGGCAUGAGACCAGGCAAGAAGGUGUUAGUGAUGGGCAUCGUAGACCUCAACCCAGAGAGCUUUGCAAUCAGUUUGACCUGCGGUGACUCGGAAGAUCCUCCUGCAGAUGUGGCAAUUGAACUCAAAGCUGUGUUCACAGACAGGCAGCUACUUAGAAAUUCUUGUAUAUCUGGGCAAAGGGGUGAAGAACAGUCAGCAAUCCCUUACUUUCCAUUCAUCCCAGACCAGCCAUUCAGGGUGGAAAUUCUUUGUGAGCACCCACGUUUCAGAGUGUUUGUAGAUGGACACCAACUUUUUGAUUUUUACCAUCGUAUUCAAACAUUAUCUGCGAUUGACACCAUAAAGAUAAAUGGGGACCUCCAGAUCACCAAACUUGGCUGAUGAUGUUUAAACCACCUCUUUUCAAAUAGGAUCAGGUGCCACAACUACAAGAUUGUUGGUCUGGAAGAAGUGUCCUGUCAAGAUCUAGAGACUUAGAAAACAAAGGCAAGCUUCACUGUCUCUUCUUUCUGUGCAGUUUAAACCCAAAAUGACGACUUCAGCUGUGGUUUGUCCAUAGAAAGAAAGUUGUUGGACAAAGACACCAAGCCAUAAUUCCCAAAA